AUGGAGUUAUUGGAGCAGCCUCUGCCUCCCCACGUUGUGUUCUUCCCCAGUCCCGGGGUAGGCCAUUUGGCUCCCUUUUUUCGGCUUGCAGCCAUUCUUGAAUCGCACAACUUCAGGGUCAGCCUCAUCACCACACAGCCAGCAGCAGCCUGCAGUGCCCAACUUUCUAGCUUCUUUUCCACCCAUCCAAACAUCAUUUGCCUCCACUUCCCUCUUGCUCACCAAAACAAUUGCGCCUCCUCCACUCGCGAUCCUUUCAUCGCUCAAGUCAAAGCGAUUAAUCGCUCGGUUCAGCUUCUUCCGCCUCUGUUAUCUUCUUUACCUCAUCCAGUCUCAGCCAUCUUUUCCGACUUCGUUGCAGCACCCAGCCUUGCUGAAAUCACAGCCAAACUUGGGAUUCCAGGCUACAUCGUCUCCAACACCUCUGCCCUGUGUUUCUCCACCAUAGCCCACCUUCCUGCACUAUUAUCCGGCUCCCCUGCAAAAUUCAAGGAUGGUUUUGAAGAGCUCCAUGUACCUGGUUUACCCCCACUUCCAAAAUCAAUCAUCCCACCUUCGUGGCUCAAUGAUUCGCCAUCCAAUCCUCUACUAACAGAGUACUUAGUACCCUCAGCCCAGGCCCUCCCGAAACUGCAAGGUAUCUUGUUGAACUCCUUCGACUGGUUCGAACAAGACGCAAUUGCUGCCCUCUUGGAUGGCAAGGUGUCAAGUGAUCUACCACCUGUGUACCCAAUUGGUCCUUUAGAACCUCACAAGCUUGAGAAAGAAGAACAAGCUCUUGAGUGGCUGGAUGAGCAAGCUCCAGGGUCCAUAGUAUAUGUGGACUUCGGAAGCUGGGAUUCCUUUUCCAAGGAUCAAAUAAGAGAAAUAGGCAGGGGAUUGGAGAGAAGUGGAUUCCCAUUUCUGUGGGUAUUAGGAGGCAAGGAGCUGGUUUUGGUGGGUGAUUCUGAAUCCAAUUGCGAUUCCUUCAAGGAGAAGGGGAUGGGGAUGGUAGUGGAAGGAAGAGUGAAGCGGGAUGCAGUUCUGGCACACCCUGCCAUUGGGGUGUUCAUGAGCCAAUGCGAGUGGUGGUCGGUGGUGGCGGCCGCCAGGGAAGGGGUGGCGGUCCUGGCAUGGCCGCCUCAGCAUGGGGACCAGAAGAUGAAUACAGAGGUGGUGGAGAAAGCAGGGCUUGGGAAAUGGGUGAAAGAAUGGGGUUGGGGAGGGCAGAGGGCGGUGAAAGGUGAAGAGAUUGAGGAGGGGAUAAGGGAGUUGAUGAAUUGGAGGGAGAAGGCGAAGAGAGUUGGGGAAGAGGCUAAGAAAGCCCUUGAAAUUGGUGGGAGCUCUGAAAAUGCACUGACGAGACUCGUUACAAGGUUGAAAGAUGAAAGAUUGGAUUGGGGUUGGGAUUCUAUCUUGGGGACCUAAAAGGGGCACCUUCGCUGCUUACCCCUCCUUUCACAAUAUUGCACCUAUGAGUUGUACAACGCCCACAUGAUGCCGCUAGCUCGGGAUGAUGAAACCCUAGAAGGCCCCCCCCACCCCCACAUAUAUAUAUAUAUAUAUAUAGCAAGCUGUAAUACUAAUGGAUUGUGGUGUUUAUUGGGUGGACAUGUUUGUCCGUUUGUGUGUGUUCCCUGGUGAAAAUAUAAACUAGGUGAAAGUAUAUUUGUUGUUCCAGCUAGAAACAAUAAUUUCCCAAAUUUAUAAUUAUUUUGUUAUUUCUUA